UGGGGUAUGUAACUUUGCAAAUGGGAUCCUCAAGUUUGGGUGGAAAAACAAGAAAAUAAUACAUUAAGAAUGAAGAAUCCAUAUAUUAAGGAACAGCAAUUGGGACAAGAAGAAAGGGAAGACUGAGAAAGUUGUGCAUGGAUGGAGUUAAUAUGUUCUUCAGAGAGCAGUAAAAUUUAAGGAACAAAAAGGAUAUGUAUGGAUCAGUGCAUGGACUUGCUUUGAUUAGGAUAGAAAGGAAUGGUGAAAGGAGUUGGUGUAAACUAGAUUAAUAUAUUUCCUACCUUUCCCUAUUUCAUGCCUUUUAAUUUCUCAGGCAUACUAGUUCUUGUUCUUUUCUGUUCUUUGCAUAAUUUGUUUAUCCCAAAAGGGAUUGGGGAUAAACAGAUUUUUUAAAAAAAUUUGCCAUGAUUUUUGCCACGUCUAACAGAGCCUUUGCAGCUAUAGAGCUACCUGCAGACAUUUCCCUGGAGACAGCAAUAAAUGAGAAGGUUAAAAAAAGGGAAUUGGCCUCUGAGGGCUCUAUGGCAUUUGCACCAGGGAUUUUUUUUUUUCUGCCCAAGGUAAGAAAUUAACAUAACAUGCAUCCAGUCCAGAAGAUGAACUGACUGCCUUUGAAAAGUUUGUAUAAUUACCUCAGUCUAGGCUAGGGGCUAUAUUUGCACUGCUGUAUCCAAUGUGAGACAUUUACCCAACAUUGUAUCAGUGUUUCUCAACCUCAACAACUUUAAGAUGCAUGGACUUCCAUUCGGAAUCGGAAUGUUUACUGCAGUCUAUGUCCAAUCCUGCAUUUUAAUGUUGCUGAGGUUUAAAAAUAGAGACCUUCAUCCUACAGUGGAUAAACAAUGGCUAAAAUGACGAUGAUGAUUAUGAAAGCUAUGUUCAGUCCCUUUAAUCAGAAUAGAGCUGGAAGGGACCUUGGAGGUCUUCUAGUCCAACCCCUGCUCAAACAGGAGACCCUAUACAUUUCAGACAAGUGACUGUCCAAUCUCUUCUUAAAAACCUGUCGUGGAAGGUGACAUUUUUUUGUGUGUGGUGGUGAAAAAACAGGUUUCCAAUCCAAAGAUCGAACUCUCUCUUAAACUACUGUUUUGAAUCCUCAGGCCCAACUUCAAAGACAAUUCCUGGAUAUGCAAAAACACCGUUUCGACAAACGCCUUUCCUCCUCACCAAUACGCCACUUCCCUUCGGUUCUCUUCGGAAACGGUCGAGAAGUCUCGGGCAGUCCCGCAAAGAGCCCGCCUUAAACCUUUAAACCGCGGUAUGUCGAUCGUUCGUCCCUCUUCGGCACAUCCAUGCUUUCUCUCUCUCUCUCUCUCUCUCUCUCUCGACCAUUUCCGAAUUCCUUCGGUUAUUUCCGGUUCCUCUCGGGGAAUUCCGGCCUCGCUCGGUCUCCGGGGAAAGCAGCAGCUGCCGCACCGCCAGCGCCGGAGCAGUAGUUAGAAAAGUCUUGGCAGAAUGGAAGAGCCUCAGAGGGUGCAGGAUGUGGGCGUGCCUCCCGCCCCGAAUCUCUCUGGGAGCCCCGAUCCUGAAGAGACCAUCCGAAGCCUGCAAACCCAGUUGGCAGCCGCCUUGGCCGAAGUGGAGACGGUCCGUGCUGUGGCUGCAGUGAGUGAAGGCACCAAGCAGGAGGCAGUAGAGGCUGUCCAGCGCCGGUGCCAGGAAGAGGUGGCUUCUUUGCAGACUAUCCUGAAAGACACUAUUUCCAGCUAUGAGGCCCGUCUGUCAGCUUUCCAGCGUGACAGCCGGGAAAAUGUUUGGAGCAGGCUGCCAAGGACCAAUCCUCUGGACUCAUUGGAGAAACAGAUGGAAAAAGCACAAGAGGAUACUCAACGACUCCGGGCCAUUGUGCUGCCGAUGGAGCAGGAAAUUGCUGAAUUGAAAGCAAAACUGGCCCACGCUGAGAGUCUGGUUCAGGAGCUGCAGAGUGAGGAGGCAAGAUGGGAAAGAGGGACAGAAGGAAAGCAUUCCUUAUGUAGCUCAGCUGAAUCCCUUCUUGCUGACCCCGAAACUGUGUCCACGGAUUUGCCUGGAAGUCACCAGACUCCUUUAAUGGAAGGAGGAGUAGCAGAGAAGUUUGCUUGUAAUCUGGACAGCAUCUCCAUUGCUUCAUUUUCCUCUUUGGCACCAAGUUCUGGGCAUUCUAUCCGACGCAGACGUCCCCCAAGUCCUGAGACUUGUUCCAUUGCCUCCUCAACUGGAACCCUGGUGCCUGAGACUAUUUAUUUACCACCAGCGGGAUACCAGCUUGUGUCUGAAUCAGAGUGGGCUCAGCUCCAAGAACAGGUGCAACAGCAACGUGGAACUCUGGAGGAAAGAGCAAAGGAGAAAGCUAACCUGGAGGAGGCAUUGAGACAUAGCAAUGAAGAGUGCAGUAAGCAGGUUCAGGUUCUUUUGGCUCAGAUCCAGACAUCAGAGAAUCUUCUCCAAAACCUCCAAGCCACCGUGAGUGAAACGCAACGGCAGACUCAAGAGCAGAUUGCUGAUUUGGCUGCAUCCCACAAGCGCCUCAGCUACGAAGUACAGCGUCUCAAUGCCGAGAAUGAAGGGCUGCGGGGGAUGAGUUCCCAGAAUCCUCUCCCAACAGAUGAUGAAACUAGGAGCUUGCCCAACACAGUGCCGGAGCUGCAAGCCAUGGUGUCCAAGCUGAGACAAGAGUCUGCUUUACAACUUCGGGCUGCAGAGCAUCAGGCUGAGCGCCUGCGAAUUGAAAUCAUAUCCUUGCGGGAGCAGCUGGAUGAAGAAGCAGCAUCUCAGUCAAGCCUGCAGGGGGCGCUGGAGAGAGAGCGGGAAGAAAGAGAGCUUUUGCAAGCCUCUUUGAAUAGUAUUCAGAGUGAGAUGGAAAGGCUGCAGCAAGGUCAAGAAGAGCUGAAUAGAAUUCAGGGAAUUCUGGGACUUCAAAUUCUAACUUAUUUGGAAGCCAUCACAUUGGGAAAAAAUGCAGCCUGAUGUGACAGAAGCCAGUAGACUACCAGGGAGGCCAGAGGCUUAGACUGAGGAUGAGGAAAUUGGGCCUCUGUGUUCCCAUCCCUGACACUCCAGGAACCUCAGGGAAGUCAUGACUUUCCAGGCACCAAAGGAUCAACUUGCUCUUCCAGAGCCUCUCCAGAUCUUCUCUCUGCAUGGAUAGGAGUACCAGAACUCUGGAGGUAGGGAUGGCUGGGUUCUUUUGUUACUCCCCCCAACCCUUGUCCGGACACUGGAGCCUCCAGAGCACAAUAAAUAAGACUUUUUAAUAAC